AAUACCUGAGCUGUCAAAGUCAACAGUGUAAAGCGAUUCUUCAAUUAAAUUGCAUUACUUUCAAUCGAAUUAAUUUUCAAUAAUUUAAUUAUUCUAAUGACAGAUCACAGCAGUGGAUUAGACAUGUUUUUUGAAACUAGAUAAAUUCAUGGUGCUUUAUUAUUAUUAUUAUAUUUUGUUUCGUGUAGAAAAUUCGAAACGACUUGAUAAAUUAAAUUAUAGAACCAGUUCUUUUGGUUGACACAAAAUUAAAUAGCAAAAUGUGGCUUCGUUAUGGCCGAUUUCACACGAAAUACUUGGUAUUGGCUGUGAUAUUUGUAGCAAGUUUCUUUUUAUUCUAUGUAAUAAGUCUUCAGUUGAUAAAUCGAAUUUUCGAACACUCUAGGGCCGAUUAUUUAAAUAAGCAUAAUAAAGAAAGACAUCGAAAUCCCAAUGUGAUCGUAGCACAAUACAUCGGCACUGGAAACCUUAUUGGUCAAAUUUCACCAGAUUUCCUGGAUAAAAACGACUUUGCACCCGUUGAGGGUGAAGGCGAAAAUGGCAAACCGGUUGUCAUUCCAGCGAGAGAGUUGCUCAUAAUGCAGCAGCAAUUUUCAAUAAACCGAUUCAAUCUGCUGGCCAGUGACAGGAUUCCCUUGAAUAGAACACUUCCCGAUGUUCGGAAGAAAAAAUGCAUCACCAUGAAGUAUGACACAAAUCUUCCAACCACGUCCAUUAUCAUUGUAUUUCAUAAUGAAGCUUGGUCUGUGCUUCUGCGAACCGUUUGGAGUGUCAUCAACCGCUCACCAAAGCAUUUGCUCAAAGAAAUCCUUCUCGUCGAUGAUGCAUCAACAAGAAAGUUCCUAAAGAAGCAGCUUGAUGAUUACGUGGCUACAUUACCUGUACAGACCAGAGUCUUACGACUACACAAACGAGAGGGAAUAAUUGCAGCAAGACUUCUUGGUGCGAACAAUGCCAGUGGAGAAGUGUUAACUUUCUUAGACGCACAUUGCGAAGCAUCGAUUGGAUAUUUGGAACCGCUCUUGGCCCGUGUCAAAGAGAAUCGAAAGAAUGUAAUUUGCCCGGUGAUUGAUAUUAUUUCGGAUGAUAAUUUUGGAUAUCUCAAAAGUUUUGAACUUCAUUGGGGUGCUUUCAAUUGGCAAUUGCAUUUUAGAUGGUACCUCUUGAGUGCAAGUGAGCUGAAGAAUAGGAACGCUGAUGUGACCCAUCCAUUUCCGUCGCCUGCAAUGGCGGGUGGUCUAUUUUCCAUUGAUCGACAGUAUUUUUUCGAAAUCGGGUCUUAUGAUCGAAAUAUGAAAAUAUGGGGAGGAGAGAACCUCGAAAUGUCGUUUCGAAUUUGGCAAUGUGGAGGCCGCAUUGAGAUUGCGCCAUGUUCACACGUUGGCCAUCUAUUUCGAAAGAGCAGUCCGUACACAUUUCCUGGUGGCGUCGGGGAAGUUUUGAACGAGAAUCUGGCAAGAACAGCACUGGUUUGGCUUGACGAUUGGAAAGAAUUCUUCUUCAAAUACUACAAAAUACCUAAACAAUUGAUCGAUUCAUUGGAUGUGAGUGAGCGACAAUUGCUUCGACGAGAACUGCAGUGUAAAUCGUUUGAAUGGUAUUUGGAAAAUGUGUGGCCCGAUAACUUCUUUCCAAGUUCGAAACGAUUCUUUGGCAAAAUAUUGCUCAUUCAAGAAAAUUCAAAGUUGUUUAAAAGCUAUUUGGAUAUUAUCAAAGUAGUUGAUCCCACAAUGACGUCAAAUUGGACAUAUGUGGCGAAUUUUCUGAACUCGCACAUUCCACAGUUUGAAAAGUUACUAGUUCAUUUGCCGGUAUUUUGUUUGAAGCAACCACAGAAUCAAAUUUCCCCAAAAGCAUUGCCGUAUGGAAUGGCCUGGCUUGGCGAAUGCAACAACAAAACGUACAUGGAUGGGAUGUUUGUCAUUCGAGAAGAUGGACAUAUAAUGGCUAACGAAGGCAUUUGUUUGGAUGCAUUGAACACAUUCGCUGCCAAUAAAAAUGCAUCGUUGGCACGUAUCGUGAAUUGUGCUGACACACAACGACAGCUUUGGUCGUAUGAUUUCAAAACGCAACACAUUAUUCAGCGUGGCUCGAACAAUUGUUUAACGGCAGUCCCGAAUAUCGAAAAUGCAUUGGCAGCUUCAUCACCAAUGUCUCAAAUGGCAGUGCAUUGGAAUAUCGCUGCACAACGAACGAACGGACCGUCGCUCGUGAAAACUGAAGAAAGUAAAUUUAAUGUGAGCACCACACCAUGUACGGAAUCGAAGCUACAAAAAUGGAUGUUGUUUCCAUUCAAAUGGAAAUAAAGUGAGAAUGAGCCGUUUUUAAUUGACAACGUGUGUGCAACGAGGCUUCGUUUUACAAUCUGUACAAUGUGCUAAGUAAGCAAUGCCAACCGAUGGAAAGCCAGUAAAAUUGUUCCGUUUUGUUUGAUACAGUUCGGGUGCAUUCAAAUUAGGUUGAACCAUUCAACUUGAAUGAAAAGACUUCAAUUAAAAAAAAAAAAAACUAAAAAUACUCACGCGUUUAUCAUCCUUCAGUGAAAUUAACAAUGUGAUAUUCUAUGAAUUAGAAAAAAUAAAACUCAUUCCUUGAAUCCAUGGGAGAUAUGCGUACUUGCAACAACGAAAAAAACUAGGGGAAUAUCACGCCAUUUUUAUUCGCAAAACUUAUUUCUAUCUCAUUUAUUUCAUUAAAAUCCGAAGAAAUCUAAGCUAUUUCAAAUAUUUCGCAAAAUCUGUAUUAUUCACUCAUAUUCACCAUGUGCUGACGAUCCGCCAAAACCCACUUCCAGCAUUAAAAUAUCUGCUAAAAUCGACUAAAAUGAAAAAUAUCUCAGAUAUCUCGCAUAAUGUAAUAUAAUUGAAAUUAAUUUUUAAAAAAUGCAAAAAUCAAUAGAAAUUCAAUAGAAUUUUUUUCGUGAUAUUCCCCUAGGAAAAAAAAACAUCGGAAUGUUAUUGAUUUUUAUUAAAAUAUUUGAAUUUAUAUUUAUUUUUCUCCUAAACAAAUCAACAUUAUUUCUUGUAAAUAGGUAAAAAAAGGUUUCAUAUUCACUAAAUGUCUAAAGAUCAUUUUGAUGUUAAAAAAAUAUAUAAAUUUAUAAAUUCCGAUUUUAAAAUGCUAAAAAAGAAGAACACGAAUAUUUAAAUUUGUAUUCGUUAACAUUAAAAACUAAAUGAAAAACUAAUUCCUUCCGCCUCUGCUAGCAGAAUGGUAAAUUUCGAUAUAUUAAUAAAAUAGCAAUAUUUGAAGAGAAAAAAUAAAAUUAAAAUUGAAAACGAGUGGGUAAAAUUUGAAAUUAUUCAUGAAAUACAAAUUUGCCUUAGAUAUAGUACGAUAUUUUGUAGAUAAAAUUAACUAAAAAAACCAUUAGCGCAAAAUCUAAAAUGAAAUGAACUUAAUCCAUAAAAUCGCAUAUCGUAUGUGUAUAGUGGUAACAUUAAGCAUGCAUGAUGUAAUUGAGUUUCCUUUCAAUCGUGUUCAAUUUAAACCAAAAUUCAUCUUUUUAUUUACAUAAAAUACUCUUAAAACUAUGGAGAAAAAAAGGUUUAUGUUGCAAACUUAAUCAAAAAUUGAAUAAAUCAUGUGCAAAAUUUACAAACUAAUAAAA